CUUUCUGUCUGAUCCCUUUGGGCCUGGCAGUGGCUGGGGUUUCGAGAAUACAAGAGGAUGGGAUUGGUUGAUGGGGGGUGGGAUCACUGUCAUGUCUGGGUGCCAGGUUUGUUGCCAACUCAUAAAGAGCGAAAGCUCGACGAGAGGGACGUGCCUGACGACUGACAGGUAACCAUUGUUACCUGAUCCAGGUCAUGCUCUCUGUAGAAACAUGAUUGAUGCUUCCGGUCCAUCCAUUUGUGUGACUAUGCUCCCCCUAAUCAUGGCAUUAACUUCCAUUCAGGUUGUUAUGAGUCAUACUGUGGUGUCUGUGGUGACGCACGGGUUAGGGAGUCACACGGGAGGGCUCAAUAGACGGCAACGUCAUGAGGAUUGACUAAACAGCAAUUCAGCAUCACAAAAGUGUCAAGCAUGUGGGGUCCAGGGAGUACAGACAUAACACUACACAGCUGGCCCAAAUAAGUUUCAGGUAGGCUUAGAAGGAUCCAGAGGUAUGAUGUCACUUCAGUAGGUUCACCAUCUAGUUUAAAACAGGACCCCCGUGAAUUCUACAAAACAUGGAUUCAACAAGGUGUUGGGCAUCCCACUUUAGGAUUUGGGUACCUACCUUCUCAAUGGCAUCGCACAGUUCCUGGUGAUUUGUCAGUCACCUGUUUAUGCUAUGAACCUCCUAUCUUGCUUCAUCCCAAAGGCACCAUAUUAUACUGAGACAAGGGGACCAUGCAGGGUAACCAGAAGUCACCAUCAUGUCUGCGAAGCCAGCUUGAGGUGGCAUGUGCUUUGUGAUGCGACACAUUAUCUGUUAAAGGUUAGGCUAUGACCAUGGAGGGAUACAAAAGGUCAGCAGCCACCCUUGUGGAAGCCCUGGAAUUCAGAUGGUGCUUAAUUGGUAUUAGGAGGCCGGAUGUGUGCCAAAAAGACAUUCAUCACACUGCCAUUAGUGCCAUCUGGAUUUUUAAGUUCUUGGUGUUUAUGGCAAAUUCAGUGUGCUUCUGUCAGCAGAAGCAGAUUUGGUUGAUCAAGUGGCAUCACUCCAGCCUUCAGUUGACCAGUUUUAGAGUACCCUUGCCAACUGGAAUUGACAUGGCAUGGUCUGCUGCUGCUGUAUGCCCAUCUGCCACCACUUUGAUGAUGAGGGGGUAUUUUGAGUGUUUGUGGCCUUUAUGUUAACUCAAAUUAGUCUGGCCAGUCUCCUCUAACCUGUGUUUUGGUCCACACAACUGCCCCUUACUGGGUGUGUUAGGUUUAUUGCGACCGUCUCUGUAAACUCUGGACACAGUCAAAGUCACUUAGAUCAGGCUUCUUGACCAUUCUAAUGUCUAGUUGACCUCUUGACCAAGGUGUGCAUGCUAUAGAGUUGGGCCCACAUGACUGGAUGUUUGAAUGAGCUGGUGAUUUCCAUUAAUGAGCAGACAGAUGUAAAAAGUGGCCUCUGAGUGGAGAUGAGCUCAGGAUGAGGCCAUAAUGGCACACAAAUGUGAAGCUACUAAGGGUGGCCAAAGUGCCGAUGUCACUCAGGUAAGGUGUAGUGUGACCUGGUUGCUGAUGUCAAUUCAGGGAGCUGUAGGUGUGACUGGUGUGUCAUUCAUGUGAUCCAGAAUGCUGAUAUCAUGUGGGUGUGUUGGGGGUAUGUGGCCAGAGCUCUGAUGUCACACAGGUAGGUGAGGGGGUGUGUGGCCAGGGCUCUGAUGUCACACAAGUGAUGUGGGGCUGCAGCCAGAGCUGAGAUGUCAAAACAGAUGUUAAGCUCCACUGUGGCACAGGGUAGAAGAGCCUGCAGGAGGUGCUUCUGCUGCUGUUGCUCAUUGUGAUUUACUGCCUUUACGCUUUUUGCAGAUUAUUAAACUGUAGCUCGACACAAUGGUGGGUGCCAGUGAGAGCAGCAGCUGGCCUGAUUGAGGCAGCCGAGGUGUGAAGGAUGUUAUAUUUAGCUGGCUUGGCCCUGAUCAACGGUGCAGCUGCUCUGGUUUGUAAUCAGCUCUCCAAGUGUUUUGGCGGCUGCUGCUGUUGUUGACGAUGCUGCUGCCAUGACGACCAGGCCUCUGCUCUCUGUCAGCCACGUGGAGGCUUCACUUUAGAAAGUGGUGAGAUUUAGUUGGAUGGUCCAAGGGCACACUGGUAAAAGAGGGGAUCCAAGGUAGCCCCCAGAGGAGAAUUUGGGUGCAGAGGUGGUGAGGAGGUCACCCUCGCCCCUCCAGCCUGCUAUUAAUGGACCAUAAACACCUGCAGACUCGAGGCAUGCUGCUUACCACCAGCAAUCUUAAUCUCCAAGCUCUCAGAUCUCGCCAUGUUCUGGUUCAAGCCAGUCCCCUGGCUAUGGGCCCACAGCCACCCAGACGCUGCUUCCUCAGAAACAUCAGGUGCCUUAGAAAUGUGAUCGUUAUUAUCGGGUUACUGCACCUCCAACACGCUCGUGGUACACCAUUAGCACAGGGAUUAGCAGCCGACUGGAAUCUGCGCAAAGUGCAGGAAUCGGCUUUUCAGUGCCCUUGCACACCCUGCUCUCCUUGGCAAAACCCACAAGGGUUGAGUGGGCACAUCCCAGCCCCAGAGAGCAGCUUUGACACAACCUGUGUGGUCAGUGCCCUGUACAGGUGAACAACUGACCCUGCCGGAUUCAGGCUUGAAGGGCAGGUGGGCCUCUCCCGUGAUUACCAUGAAAAUGUAACUCGAGGUCAGCGUUGACAGCAACUUCUGUUCUAAUCAGUAAUGUGUGCACAGUGCGCCGGGGGGCACCAGUGGGGGAUGUGGCAGAAGGAAGGGAGAGCUCUAGGGGCAGGACAAACAGUCCCAACAGAGAAGUUCGCUACCGGCUGGUGGGCAGAAGCACAGCGUGAAAGCAGAGAGUGAUUGAUGUGUCGAUUAGGCAGGCAGAGAAGAGAUCUGCGGCGUUAACAUUGCUCUCAUAGUCACAGCAAACUGCUGAUGUGCUGCGCUGGCCAAGGGCCCAGGGCCACUAACUGGACAGCUGAGAAGCGGAGAGGCGUCUGCCCAGCGAAUGCCACCGUGACGAUGCUUAAAAUGUAGAAUAUUGGCAUUCAGAUCGUGCGACUGAAGUGCCCCCCGCCCAUCAUCCCCAUAUAGAGGACUGAGCUGAAUGCAGAGUUCCAUCUUGUCACCUCUGGUGACUCGGGUGCAGGAAGAGUGACAAGGGGGUGGGGAAGUGGGGGGAGCAAGUGGACUAUAUCAGCUGCCUCUGCUGAAGAGCUGCAGGAGAAGCCAGCAGUAGAUGGAGAGGUGGCUCUGCAUGUAGCAUCCGACGCACUUCGUGAGAGCCCAGGGUAGAAAUCCUUCUUUGCUGUAAUCCCAGCUCUCACAGUGGACUUCAGUUACAAUGACAUCUCUACUGCUUGACGAGAUGUGUCACCUCACAGCUCAGUCUCUGUCCACCUUCGAGGUGUCGGACCACUUCCGUGUCAUCAAGCAGCUGGGCCAGGGCUCCUAUGGAAAGGUAAUGCUGGCUGUGCACAAAGGAAAAGGCACCCCCAUGGCACUGAAGCUUUUCCGCAAGAGCAACACAUCCAAGCUCUCGUUCCUUAGGGAGUACACCAUCUCACUCUGUCUGUCCAGUCACCCCUGUAUCAUCGGAGUCUUUGGAAUUGUUUUCCAGUCGCUGCGGCUCUACGGGUUCGCCCAGGAAGUGGCCAUCCAUGGUGACCUGUUUGAAAUCAUCGUGCCUCAGGUUGGGGUACCAGAAACCUGUGCCAGAAAAGUCCUUGUCCAGCUCAUUCAGGCCCUGGAUUUUCUGCAUGGGAAGGGGCUGGUCCACCGCGACGUGAAGCCCGAGAACAUCCUGGUUUGUGUGCCUGACUGCUCUCAGGUCAAGUUGUCUGAUUUUGGACUCACAAAGCCACGCGGAUCCCGAAUUCAUGGUACAUCAGGGCCUGUCCCUUACAGUGCCCCUGAAUUGACUGUCUCGGAGGAGGAGGAGAAGGAGCAACAUGGUAAGACACCUUGCCUACUGGCCGAACCAAGCUUGGACUGCUGGGCACUUGGCGUUCUCCUCUUCUGUAUUUUAACUGGGAACUUUCCCUGGGAGAAGACGAGCUGUUCAGAUCCGUUAUAUCGGGAGUAUAAAACAUGGUUUGACAGUCAAGAGGUGCAUCAAGUUGAUCCAUUGGCAGAUCACACAGAAGCAGGAGGAUCUUCAAACCCCUCUAACAGAGCGGGAGAUGAUGGAGGUCAAGAAGAACAGACCAGGAUGAAAGCUCCCACCCAGUUCUCCUCCUUCACCACCCUCGCCCUCUCACUUUUCAAAGGACUCUUGACACCUGAUGCCAAGGCUAGGGCCGCCCCUAAGGAGGUCCUUCAGUAUUUUGGGGGUGCCUGGGUGAAGGAUAAAGCAAAGGAAGGCAUGGAGCUGGGUACAAAAACACAGUCACGCAACUCGGAAGUGGCGGAGUGCCGGCCUUCAUCUUUCAGCUGUGCUGUAGAGACAGGACAGAAGUGGACUCAGCUGUGAACCAUCAAGCACUCAAAGGUCAAAAUUUGGGGUCUCCUGCCAAAUGAACCUCUGACCUCUAUUUGAACUGCCCAAGUUUAUAAAGGAAUUUUGUAAAUUGUGUUUUCUUUUUUUUCUUUUCUAGGUCGAACACAUUCUUUAUUGCAGUUGAAUAAAAUAAUUUUUUCUGUAAAA